AACUCUCUGUAACUUGAAAAAUAAAUAAAUUUUGAAGAAAUUCAAUCCCGAAAAUUUAUUUGCUGAAUUUUUUCAGAUGUAAAAAUGGUUUUAACAAAACAAUAUCUGAGAUAUGUACCGAAGGGUGUGUUUAAUAUUAUUGGGUCUGGUCGGGGUGGAGCAGUUUACCUAGAUAAGAAGGGUGAGCUGGCAGCUGUAGCUGCUGCCCAGGAUGUUGUUAUCUGGGAUGUAAAGAAGAAGGAAAGAUUAAGAACUCUACCUGGAGCUAAGCAUGAAGUGACCUGCCUGGCUGUAAAUGUUACCGGCAGUUUACUAAGUGUAGGGUAUGCGGACGGAAUUAUAAAAUUAUUUGACACUGGAACAGGAGAGAGCGAAGUUACAUUUUCUGGACAUAAAACUGCAGUCACAUCUUUAAAUUUUGACAAGGCUGGGUUGAGGUUGGUGUCUGGUUCUCGUGAUACCAACAUUAUUGUCUGGGAUAUUGUAUCAGAAUCUGGUUUAUAUAGACUUCAUGGGCAUAAGGGUCCCGUGACAGCAGUCAAGUUCUUGAAAAAUCAGAACGUUAUAAUCUCAGCUUCAAGGGAUACGUUUGUCAAGUUCUGGGAUCUGACAACCCAGCAUUGUUUUAAAACUUUGACUGGUCACGUGACCGAGAUCUGGGAUCUUGUUCUGCUCCAGGAGGACAAGAUACUAGUUACCGGAGGAUCAGAUGCAGAACUGAAGAUCUGGACACUAGAGUUCCAGGAACCUGCAGGGGAGGAGGAGGAUGGGGAGGGAGGGAUUAAGAGCAGGUUUGUGACGAAGGAACCUCAAGAUAAGAAAGUAAGAAAAGAGUUGAUGGAGGAAGGAGAAGAUGAAAAGGAAGAGGAACCCGAGGAUGAUAACAGUGUGCUCCGCAUAACAAGAAUAGGAAGUAUCCUGAGAAGCGGGGACGGGAGAUUACAACAUCUUGGAACUGAUCUGUCGAACAGAAUCCUAGCUUCUCAUGGUACAGACAACAGUCUCGAACUUUUCCUCAUUUGUAACGAAGAAGAGAUUCAGAAAAGGCUUGCUAAGAAAGCGAAGAAAGAACGGAAAAGAACCGGAGCUGAGGUUGAUAUAUCUAGUAUAAAACCCAGCAUACAGGAACAGUUUCGAAGGAUUAAACCUAUAAAAGUAUCCGGUAAGAUUAAAUCCAUAGAUCUACAAUGUUACAAGAAGAAGUGCAGAGUUCUCAUGGUGCUGGCGAACAACCAGCUCGAGGUUGUAGAUUUCGAGACGAGUCUCGAGGCCGAGGGAGAAUCCCUGAUGAAGGUUGAAACUCCGGGUCAUAGAUCAGAUGUUAGAACACUUGCAUUCAGUAGUGAUAACACAGCUCUUCUCACAGCAAGCUCGGAAGGGGUCAAGGUUUGGAACCGUUCAAGUUUAUCCUGCGUGAGAACUAUUCCAUGUUCGUAUGGUCUUUCCUCCCUGUUUGCCCCGGGUGACCGACACGCCAUGAUUGGAACAAAAUCCGGGAAAAUUCAGAUUUUCGACAUCGGAUCCGGAGAAAUGACGGAGGAGAUUUCUGCGCACUCCGGUGAGGUUUGGAGCCUGGUAUCAUCUCCGGAUACUAAGAGUGUUAUCUCUGGUAGCUCGGAUAAGACGGUUAAGUUCUGGGAUUACGAAUUGAUCUCCGGAAAGGAAGGAAACAAAAUCCUAAGUUUAGUGCACAAGCGCACACUUCAGGUCGACGAGGGAGUUACCUGCGUGAGCUUGAGCAAGGAUGGACGAUUUAUAGCUGUAGGACUCCUGGAUUCAACCGUCAAGGUGUUUUUCGUGGAUUCUCUCAAGUUCUUCCUCUCCUUGUACGGGCACAAGCUGCCCGUCGUAGCUAUGGAUAUAUCCACGGAUUCCACGCUUAUAGUUACCGGAAGUGCAGACAGAAAUAUGAAAAUAUGGGGUUUAGAUUUCGGAGACUGUCAUAAAUCCUUGUUUGCACACGACGAUACAAUAACAGGGCUGAGGUUUAUCCCAAACACACACAUGGUGUUUACCUGUGGAAAGGACGGAGAAGUGAAACAAUGGGACGCAGAUAAUUUUCAACGUAUCCUCACUCUCAAAGGACAUAUUGGAGAAAUUUGGUCCCUUGCUGUCAGUCCAAACGGGAAAUGGAUUGCAUCGUCCGGAAAGGACAGAUCUGUCCGUUUGUGGGAGAAGACGAACGAGAUCCUUGUCCUGGACGAUGAACGUGAGACUGAGCGUGAGGAAGCUGCUGAAGACCAAACUGGAGGUAAAGAAACUAGUUUACCAAGCCGAAGAACUGCUGAGACUGAACGAGGUGCAGAGCGUUUAAUGGAGGCAAUGGAACUUUACCAGGAUUGUAAAAACUCGGAUGAACCCAACCAGCUUCCUCCCUUGAUGUUGGCGCACAACGCGGAGUCCGCCCUGGACUUCAUGUGCGGUACAGUGUGCAGGAUAAAAUCCUCUCAGCUGGAGGAGACCCUACUCGUCCUGCCCCUGGAUAUCGUGAAGAACCUCAUGGAUAUUAUGUUGGAGCUCCUCAGCAAUAAAAUGGAGGUUGAGACGGUCUCCAGGUGUCUUCUCUUUUUACUUGAGAUACAUCAUGGACCAAUUUUGGCAAACAAGUCGUUUGAGAAUACGGUGAUAAAGCUGGGUGAGGUGAUGGGAGUUGAAAUCUCCAGAAUAAGAGAGAUGACCGGAACCAACCUAGCUGGUCUACGCUUCUUAGCCUCCAGGUUGAAGGAGAGGGAGGAGGUCGAACUUUUUGCAGAUGCUACUCUCAGGGUUCGGGAGAAGAACAAGAAGAAGAAGAAAAAAGAAAAGGCGUUGCAACGCGCCAUCUUGUCUCUCUGA